AUGGGAAAUAAAACAGAUCAGCGAAGCACGUUCCUCGGUCGUAUCCCACAUGCCCCUUUUGAACUGGAGGCAGUCGAAACCUUAACAUCUGUACUGGGCCUCUCUUUCUUUUUUCUAAAGAUCAAGGAGUUCAAUAAAUUGAGGAAGAUGAGCGGAUCCGUGCUUGUAGCUAUUGCGGCUGCGAUUGGCAACUUGUUGCAAGGAUGGGAUAAUGCAACAAUAGCAGGGGCCCUUAUUUACAUCAAGAGAGAAUUUCAUUUGGAAGGCCAACCUACUAUAGAAGGGCUAAUUGUAGCAAUGUCACUCAUUGGAGCGACAGUUAUUACGACAUUCUCUGGACCUGUAUCAGAUUGGCUUGGACGGCGUCCCCUGCUCAUAAUUUCAUCUGUUCUGUAUUUCCUCAGCGGUUUAGUAAUGUUGUGGUCUCCCAAUGUCUAUGUCCUGCUUAUGGCCAGGCUACUGGAUGGAUUUGGAAUUGGUCUUGCUGUUACUCUUGUUCCCGUCUAUAUAUCUGAGACAGCACCUCCAGAAAUAAGGGGAUCGCUAAAUACCCUCCCUCAGUUCACAGGUUCUAUUGGAAUGUUUUUGUCAUACUGCAUGGUCUUUGGAAUGUCACUGAUGGAUUCACCAAGUUGGAGGUUGAUGCUUGGGGUUCUUUCUGUUCCUUCUAUUAUUUAUUUUGCGUUGUCUGUUUUUCUCUUACCUGAAUCUCCAAGAUGGCUUGUAAGUAAAGGGCGGAUGCUAGAGGCUAAACAGGUCUUACAGAGACUACGUGGCAAAGAAGAUGUCUCAGGUGAAAUGGCUUUGCUGGUUGAAGGUCUAGGAGUUGGAGGUGAAACAACAAUAGAAGAGUACAUAAUUGGCCCAGAUAACGAGCUCACUGAUAAUGAGCAUGCAGCAGAGAAAGAUAAAAUCAAGUUAUAUGGCGCUGAAGAAGGCCUCUCAUGGAUAGCCAAACCAGUUACUGGCCAGAGUACUCUUGGAUUGGCCUCUCGUCAGGGGAGCAUGGCUUUCCAGAGCAUGCGUCUUAUGGAUCCUAUGGUCAGUCUCUUUGGCAGUGUUCACGAGAAGCUCCCAGAGAUGGGAAGCAUGCGCAGCAUUCUUUUCUCAAAUUUUGGCAGCAUGUUCAAUGCUACAGAAAAUGUUAAAAAUGAACAGUGGGAUGAGGAGAGUCAAAGGGAUGGUGACCAAAUAUCUGAUGCUUCUGGGGCUGAAUCUGAUGACAACAUACGGAGCCCAUUGCUCUCGCGCCAGGCUACUAAUGCAGAUAAGGACAUGGACCAACCUUCCAAUGGCAGCUUAUUAAGCAUGAGACACCAUAGCAGUGUCAUGCAUGGCAAUGCUAAUGAACCAGUCAGUGGUAUGGGUAUUGGUGGAGGUUGGCAGCUUGCAUACAAAUGGUCUGAGAAGAGAGGUGAAGAUGGGAAAAAUGGAGGACUUAAAAGGAUCUAUUUACACCAGGAGGGCGCCCCUGGAUCUCGGCGUGGAUCCAUUGUUUCACUUUCUGGUGGUGAUAUCCCUGCCAACGGUGAAUUAGUUCAUGCUUCUGCUCUGGUGAGCCGAUCAGUUCUUCGGUCGGAGGAUCUUAUAGGGGUCAAGCAUGCAUUGAUUGUUGGUGUUGGAAUCCAAAUACUACAGCAGUUUUCCGGGAUAAAUGGGGUUCUCUACUACACCCCUCAAAUUCUUGAACAAGCAGGUGUAGGCAUUCUUUUAUCAAAUAUGGGCAUUAGUUCAGACUCUGCAUCUCUCCUUAUCAGUGCUGUCACAACGUUUUUAAUGCUUCCAAGCAUAGGUGUUGCAAUGAGAAUGAUGGAUAUCGCAGGCAGAAGGUGGCUGCUGCUGACCACAUUACCUGUCUUACUAGCAUCACUCAUUAUCCUAGUCCUUGGCAAUGUUAUUGAAAUGGGAACUGUCAUUCAUGCCAUUAUCUCAACCAUUAGUGUUGUGGUCUACUUCUGCUGCUUUGUCAUGGGCUUUGGGCCAAUCCCAAACAUCCUCUGCUCAGAGAUCUUUCCUACCCGUGUUCGUGGCCUCUGCAUUGCUAUAUGUGCUCUCACAUUUUGGAUUGGAGAUAUCAUUGUCACUUAUUCGCUCCCUGUGAUGCUCAAUUCCAUUGGCCUUGCUGGUGUUUUUGGCAUCUAUGCUGUUGUGUGCUCCAUAGCAUGGAUUUUCGUCUUUUUAAAGGUUCCAGAAACGAAAGGCAUGCCUCUUGAAGUCAUUACAGAGUUCUUCGCUGUUGGCGCAAAGCAGGCUGCUGCAGCUGCCAAGACUAACUGA